GUUGGGAGCUUAAAUACUACCUCCUGCAAUGCCAACCCCCUAGCUGGAGACUAGAGGUAAUUUCACUCUUCUCUGAACUGUCAUAGCCUUUGCUUGUAACUCUCAAUGUUGUUCAUCUGUCAAGUUACUCAGUUAUUUAUGUGCAUGUUUUUGUGUGGAGACACAGUCUCACUUGGUCACCCUUGGUACCAUGGCAUCUUAGUUCACAGCAACCUCAAACUCUUGGGUUCAAUAAUCCUCUUGCCUCAGCCUUUCAAGUAGUUGGGAAUACAGGCACUUGCCACAACGCCGGCUACUUUUUAGAGAGGGGUGGGGGUUCUCUCUGGCUCAGCCUGGUCUCAAACCUGUAAAUUCAGGCAAUCUGGGCCUCUCUAAGUGCCUGGCCACUGUGCCCAGCUAUGUUUUUACUUAGACAUCAUGACGUAUGUUGAAAACGCCUUCAGGCUCUGCACCUGUAGCUCAGCGGCUAGGGCACCAGCCACAUAUACUGGGGCUGGCGGGGUGGAAUCCAGCCUGGGCCUGCCAAACAACAGUGACAACCACAACCAAAAAAUGGCCAGGAGUUGUGGCAGGCGCCAGUAGUCCCAACUACUUGGGAGGCUGAAGCAAGAGAAUCGCUUAAGCCCAAGAGUUAGAGGUUGCUGUGAACUGUUACGCCACGGCACUCUACCCAGGGCGAUAUAGUGAGACUGUCUCAAAAAAAAAAAAAAAAAAAAAGUUUCGGCACCUGUGGCUCAAGCGGCUAAGGCGCCAGCCACAUACACCUGAGCUGCAGGGUUCGAAUCCAGCCUGGGCCCGCCAAACAAUGACGGCUGCAACCAAAAAAAUAAAAGUAGCCGGGCAUAGUGGCAGGCGCUUGUAGUCCCAGCUACUUGGGAGGCGGAGGGAGAAUUGCUUGAGCCCAGGAGUUGGAGCUUCCUGUAAGCUGUGAUGCCACACACUCUACUCAGGGUGACCAGCUUGAGGCUCUGUCUCAAAAAAAAAAAAAAAAUGCGGCUCCUGUGGCUCAAAGGAGUAGGGUGCCAGCCCCAUAUACCAAAGGUGGUGUGUUCAAACCCAGUCCUGGCCAAAAACUGAAAAAUAAUAAUAAUAAUAAUAAAAAAGAAAGAAAGAAAAUGCCUUCAAAGCAGAGUCUAACUCCUAUUUAAAUAAUAGGUUCCCAAGUGCAGCACAGAAUAAACACUCAGUAAACAGAUUUUCAUUCUUUUAGUUGAAAUUUGUUAAACACCUACUCUAUGGCGAGCACAGUGGCCCUGGAACAUAGAGGUGAAUAAAGUCAUGGUCCUGACACCAAAUUUCGCUCUUCAUUAGGUUCUUGGUCUUGGUGAUUGGAAGAACAGAUCAGUGGUAAGACAGGAUUUAUUUGCAGAAAAGAAUACAGAAGCGCCAGAGCUCCUGGCAGAGAGAGAAAACCCAAGUCGGGAGAGAAAAGCUCUCUGUCUGUCUGUCUCUGGGCUUUUUGUCUAGGGGCACAUAUAGCAGUAUGGGGCCCUCUGUAGUUACAUUUAGCAUGUCUGGGACAAUGUGUCUGGGUCUUAAAUGAAUGGCUACAAUCCUUUUCUUUCCCAGGCCUGGGAAAUGGGCCCCCCUGCCCACUUUCCAGCCCGCUGGUUCUGCUGCUUGCUGCCACAGCACCAACAUCGCCAAGGCGGAGGUAGCAGGUCCGCACCCCCCAGCUCCAGGAGCUGGCUGGGAUGCCACUUAUCGUGUAGCAGUCCCUGCUGUUAAUAUAAAAAAAAAAAGUGUUGUGGUCUUGUCCCAGAGCAUUCCUGUCACUCAAGGUCAGAGAGGUGGGGCUUGAGGCUAUCCAGUCCGGGAUGCUCCAAAGUGAACUGACCAAUGAGACGCACAGCCAGAAAGAAGGAGGCGGGUCCAGCGAUCGGAGCAGAUUUUGUCUCUUCUGCUGGGCCCUGAGCUGGUGUCCGCUUUUCAGCUGUUGCUACUCCGGGAGUAUCUAGGUGUCUCUGCAGCAGCUCUGUCAGCCUGUGACCUGCAGGUACUGGAAGAUCUGUAGGGAGGACGCCGGGACAUCCGGAAGCUGGGAAAUGGAAGCAUUGCUUGGGGAAAAGCACCAAGUACAAUUGUAAGUAUUUUACAAUUUCCUACUAUUAUAUAAGCCUCAACACUGAGUUUGCAGAAUUUUGCUGGAUUUCUCAAACACUUGCUGUUCUCUUUGAGUCAAGUGACUAAGACAAGAUCAACCUUGGUGCUCCAAAAGAUGGUCAUCGAGGGCCCAGGAUCCAUCUCUACAGGUUUUCAGCCUGUUCAUACCAGCUAUGGGAAGAACCCUUUAUAUGGACAAAGGCGCAGAGCUCUGGAAAGCUGGGGACUCACAGGCAGAUGUGGUUGAUGGAAGUGGAAGGUGAUGAGAUGCCCUUCCUGAGGUGUAAUGGGUCUUGUUCUGGGGCUGUUUCUAGACAUUGUCCAACAGAAUAAAUUUUAAAUUCCAUCUUAUUGUCCAAUAAAAUGAAUUCUUCAUUACUGAAGGAAGUAUUGCUUGGGGAAAGCAUGAAGUAUAAAAUCUGCAAGCAUCACACACAAGGGCUUUCUUUCAUAAAGAGGCGUAAACGUGUAGAAACAAGGUGGGAGAUGGGGGCAGAAUGGAGGGUGGAGAAAUAAUCUGCCAGGUCAGGACAUGUUUCAUCCUGCAGUCAGACAGUUCUUAGGAGGGGCAUAAAGAGGGGCUAGAUGUUAAUUCUAAGUCAGACGUAGAAUUGGCCAAAGGUCAGGGGCUGGGGGGAAAAGAGUAACUUCAGCAAAAUUUGAUGAAGAAAUAUUUUGUGUUGACUGCUGAAGAAACAACUGUUCAGCUAAUUGUUUAUGAGCAAUGAAUGGGAAUUUGCAGAGCCUGUGCCUUGCCUCAUCAUAGGUAAAAUAGGUAAUAUCACCUAAGUCAUCAUGGGAAGAGUUGUUUUUUGCAGUGAGCUUCUCUUGAGAACACAGAGCAUGAGGAAUUUUUUUAAUCAGAGCUACUUCCCAGGAUGAGCUAUGCUCCCCAACAUCUCCCACCACUAUCCUUUGUCCUAUACAUGUCUUCUUUCUGCCUUUUUCUUUGAUUAUAAUUUUUUUUUCUUUUUCUUGCAGUUUUUGGCCAGGGCUGGGCUUGAACCCACCACCUGCAGCAUAUAGGACUGGCACCCUACUCCUUUGAGCCACAAGUGCCACCUAUUUAUUUUUUUCUUUUUAAGACAGAGUCUCACCCUGGUUUUUACUAUUUUAAGUUGCACACAAACUUUAUGGACACCCUGUAUAACCAAUGGUGCUGUCAGGGUUUGUUUUUUUUUUGCAGUUUUGGCCAGGGCUGGGUUUGAACCCACCAACUCCAGCAUAUGGGACCAGCGCCCUACUCCUUUGAGCCACAGGCACCGCCCAAGCAGAGUCAGCUGUCAUGUCUUCUUCUUGAGGGCUAAUUACAGUGACUUAAUUCAUCUUUGCAAUCUCUUAAAUUGUCUGAGAUGCACAUCACAUUCUGGUUUAAUUGUAUAAUAUGACAGUUCUUUCUCUGUCUACCAUUGUGAUGGGUUAUUCUGGAGUUGGAAAUGACUCUGUUUUUAAUUAUAAAUUAUUUUUACACACCAUCCAGAAUUACCAGAUAUGACAUGAACAUAGAUGAUGCCCACUGAGUGUAACUCCAGAGGGAGCUUUGCAUCUCAACCUUCCAGUCACAACACAUAAUUGUACAGCAAAGUGCAUGUUGUCCCAAAUGAUGAAGUUACAAUGUAGCUUCUUGAGCAGUUAUAGUACACGGUGUCACAAAAGUUGCUCCUACAGUCACCAUACAGAGAAAAAAAUGGAAAUUGUAGCACUAUGUACUUUUAUUUACAGCAAAAUUUUAUAAUACAUUUACAAACUAUUUUCUAUGUUUGCCACCUCUUUACAAAAUUUGGUAAUGAGUAUUUUGUAAAGGUAUAGCUAGCUAUGAUUUUCAGUUUUUCCUAUGUAUGGUGACUUUGGAGACAACCUGUAGAUUUUUACAAACUACCUCUAUUUCAGGCGUCCUUAAACUUUUUAAACAGGGGGCCAAUUCACUGUCCCUCAGACCGUUGGAGGGCUGGACUAUAGUUAAAUAUAUAUGUAUAUGAACAAAUCUCUAUGCACACUGCACAUAUCUUAUUUUGCAGUAAAAAAACAAAACAGGAACAAAUACAAUCACACCGCCUCAUGUGUCUCAUGGGCCGCAAUUUGAGGACCCCUGCGAGUGCCAGCCAUUCUCUCUCUGUCUUUCAAUUAUCCUGAUAUCUUUACACCUAAAAUUGAUCAGAGACUAUGAGGCCCGGAAAUCAACCUGGAUCACAGAUAAGCAUUGAGUACACCUGAGAAUGCCCGCAUUCCCACUUUUCUGUUUCUGUAAUUCUCAUGAAUGUACACAUGGGACUACCUGCAUCCCCACGUGUGCAAGAGACACUGCUGCCUUCUCUGACCUCUGGAACCUUUAAAGUGCUAGAAAACUAUGCCGUGCUUCAAAAUUGUGAUUGGUGAUCUUCCUUGAACCAAAGAUAUGUUGGUUUUUAAAAAGUGUCGAGGCUCUGUACCUGUAACUCAAUGGCUAGGGCACCAGCCACACCGGAUCUGGCAGGUUCAAACUCAGCCCAGGACUGCCAAAGAACAAUGACAACUACAAACAAAAAAAGAGCCGGGCAUUGUGGUAGGCUCCUGUGAUCCCAGCUACUUGGAAGACUGAGGCAAGAGAUUUGCUUAAACCCAAGAGUUUGGGGCUGAUGUGAGCUGUGACACUACGUUACUGCACUGAGUGUGACAAAGUGAGACUCUCAAAAAAAAGUGUUGAGCAGAAGUGUCUCUGUGCUGUGUUUGCUUUCUCUAGGUGAGUGCUGCUAUAGUCUAGAAGUAGUAACAGCAGCAAUAGGGGGAUUAUUAAAGAAGCUACUUCAUAGACUCACUGAAAACCUGUAUUUUUUUUUUUUUUUUUUUGGUAGAGCCAGAGUCUCACUUUAUCAUCCUCGGUAGAGUGCCGUGGCAUCACACAGCUCAAGCAACCUCCAACUUCUGGGCUUAGGCCAUUCUCUUGCCUCAGCCUCCCAAGUAGCUGGGACCACAGGCACCGAACAAUGCCAGGCUAUUUUUUGUUGCAGUUUGCCUGGGGCCGGGUUUGAAUGCACAAGCCUUGGUAAAUGGGGCCAGCGCCCUACCCACUGAGCCACAGGCGCUGCCUUUUUUUUUUUUUUUUAGAUACAGAGUCUCAUUCUGUUGGCCUCAGUACAGUGCUGUGCCAUCACAGCUCACAGCAACCUCCGGCUCUUGGGCUUAGGCGAUUCUCUUGCUUCAGCCUCCCAAGUAGCUGGAACUACAGGUGCCCGCCAGAAUGCUGGGAUAUUUUUUGUUGCAGUUUGGCUGGGGCCGGGUUUGAACCCACCACCCUCAGCAUAUGGGGCCGGCACCCUACUCACUGAGCCACAGCUCCCGCCCCCAAACCUGCAAAAUGUUAAGCAAACCCAAGGUUGACUGUUCAUUUGUGAAAAGGUAGAGUCACAAUGCAAGAGUUGGUGGAUGAGAAAGUAGUUUUUUCAAGAGCAACAUAAGGAGAUGGCUGACUUAUGUUGGAAAGACCUCCUGAUGUUCCUCAGCUGACCAGAAGGUGGUGAAAGGGGAAAGGAGUGUGGGAAACUACGUGUAGGAGCUUUCUUUUCUUUUCUUUCUUUCUUUUUGUUUUUUUUGAGACAGUCUCCCUCUUUUUUUUUUUUUUUAUCAGUUUUUGGCUGGGGCCGGGUUUGAACCCACCAACUCUGGCAUUUGGGGCCAGCACCCUACUCCACUGAGCCACAGGUGCCACCCGGAGCUUUCUAUGUGUGGAUCUCCAUGUUUCAUUCAAAAGGUUUCUAGCCAUCUGGCAGUCUUGCUGACAUGAUAUAGAUCAAAACAGAAAUGUGGGUUAACUGCUCACUAUUUUUCUUGAUGAGGAGUUCUGAAAUCUUGGUUCUAUAGUUAAUGGCUCAAAAUCAUUCCUGAAAUUCUUGUUUUUAAAUUCUGUUUUGGAGACAGAAUCUGACUUUGUCAUCCUCCGUAGGUUGCCAUAGCAUCAUAGCUAAUAGCAACCUCAAGCUCCUGGGCUCAAGCCAUCCUCUUGCCUCAACCUUUGAAUGAGCUGGGGACUCCAGGUGUGAGCCAUGGGGCCAGGCUUCUUCUUGAAAUUCUUAAACAAGGACUUAAACAAGUAUUGUUAAUAAAAUGUGAUUAUUUGCUUGAAGAUAGAGUAACUGCUGCUGUUGCAGAAUCACAUACUCAGAAUGGGCAUAAUGUGAAAAAACUUAUAUGCAUAUUAAAGCCUGAGAGGUGAUGCUUAGCUAAAUGUUUCUCAUCCCAGGCUUCCAGUUAAGAUUCCAUGGCCAGUUUGAAGAAGUAGCAUCUCUGUCAUUUUGUCUGCACACUCAUUCUAUUAGUCUGGGUUGUGUCAUCAGUGUGGUUUUAAUUAAGUGUCCCCAUGUGAUGCUAAGGUUAGGCCAGUAUCAAGCAUGAGGGUUUCCAUAUCUAUUUAAGACAGCUGAGUUUAUUUAUUUAUGUAUUUUUUCAGAAAGAGGUUACAGGUCACAUAUUCCCAUUUGCAUGGCAGAAAUUGCUGGCAAGGGAGGGCACUGGAGGCCAAGAAAUAAGAAAUGCACACUUUGGUCUUUAUGUGGAAUCUCCUUCUUCCUGACUUUCUCUGUGAUAAAGAACAAGGAAGGGUGAAUUUUUUUCUGUACUUAGUGGUCUCUCUGACUGUGGAUGUGGUAGCAGGUGAAGGGGUUGCGCUGAUGCCUUUGUUGCAGAAAGAUGAGGCCCAACAGAGAGAAAGAGCACCCACACGCCACGUUUAAAAGAGGAAGGGCUUUAUUCACCAGCCGGUAGCUUACGGCAUAGAAUUCCAAAUGGCUGCGCUCCCCGACUACCUUGGUCUUUCCCUUUUUAUUGACAGUCAAAAAGUUCAACCCCACAGGUACCCUUCUCAUUGGCCAGUUUGAAUCAAGCGGGAGAUGCUAUUCCAGCCCCUCCAGAACUACAAGAUUUCACGGAAUUUGGAAAUUUCAAAGUUCCAGGAAGUUAAGUUUACAAAUUCCCAAGAGCUUAGUCACCAUGGAGAGGACCCUGCAGGUGUAUCCUUGUGGUCUCCUUGAGAAGAUCUGUUCUUCCAGACCUCACCCUUCUCAGUUAUCUUCUCUCGCCUUUAAAGCCGAGAUAAAGCCGAUAAAGAUAUUGUCAAGAUCCAGGUGGAAUGUAUCCAGAUAAUCUCAUGUGAGAAGGAAAUCUAGGGAAGGAGGAGGAGGAAAUGAUUGCUUCUCAGGGAAUGUUGACAUUCAAGGACGUGUCUAUAGAGUUCUCUAUGGAUGAGUGGGCCUGCCUGGACCCUACUCAGCACACUUUGUAUCGGGACGUCAUGUUGGAGAACUACAGACACCUGGUCUUCCUAGAUGUAUCUAAUCAUUCUACCCAAGACCAUUUCCAAGAGCUGGGCACAAAUAUAUUAUACCCAGAGAUAACACUGAGAAGAUAUCAAAGCUGUGGCCUGGAGAAUUUAAACUUAACAAAAGACUGGGAAAGUGUUUAUGAAUGUACUCAGCAGAAAGUAUGUUACAGUGGAUGUGACCAAUGUUUAAAAGCUAGCCAUGGCAAAGUCUGCCAAUGUAGUAAAUAUACGAGAGUCUUUAGACAUUUGUCAAAUCUAAAUAGACAUAAGAUGAUAUAUACCACAGAGAAAACUUUUCAGUAUAAAAAGUAUGGGAAAGCCUAUAACCACUGCUCACACAUUACUAAAUGUAAGAUAAUGCAUACUGGAGAAAAACAGUACAAAUGUAAAGAAGGUGGCAAAGUCUUUAAAUUUUGCUCAAGCCUAUCUAACCAUAAGAAACUCCACCCUGGGGAGAAACUGUAUAAGUUUAAAAAUUAUGGGGAAUGUCUUAGGCACAGAUCAAAAUAUUAUAACCAUAAGAAUAUUAAUACUGGAAGAAAAGCCUACAACUAUAAAGAAUGUGAUGAACUUAGCAAUCAGUACUCACAUCUUUCUGGACAUGAAAGAAUUUAUUCUGGAGAGAAACCCUACAAAUGUCAAGAAUGUGGUAAAGCCUUUAACCGGCACUCAAACCUUUCUGUACAUCAAAGAAUUCAUUCUGGAGAAAAGUCCUACAAAUGUGAACAAUGUGGCAAAGCCUUUAAGCAGUACCCAAGUCUUUCUCAACAUAAAAGAAUUCAUUCUGGAGAGAAACCCUACAAAUGUCAAGAAUGUGGCAAAGCCUUUAAGUGGUACUCAAUCCUUUCUGUACAUCAAAGAAUUCAUUCUGGAGAGAAACCCUACAAAUGUCAAGAAUGUGGCAAAGCCUUUAACCGGUACUCAAACCUUUCUGUACAUCAAAGAAGUCACUCGGGAGAAAAACCUUACAAAUGUGAAGAAUGUGGCAAAGCCUUUAAGCAGUACCCAAAUCUUUCUAAACAUAAAAGAAUUCAUUCUCGAGAGAAAUCCUACAAAUGUCAAGAAUGUGGCAAAGCCUUUAACCGGCACUCAAUCCUUUCUGUACAUCAAAGAAUUCAUUCUGGAGAGAAACCCUACAAAUGUGAAGAAUGUGGCAAAGCCUUUAAGCAGUACCGAAGUCUUUCUACACAUAAAAGAAUUCAUUCAGGAGAGAAACCCUACAAAUGUCAAGAAUGUGGCAAAGCCUUUAAUGAUAUUUCAACCCUUACUAAACAUCAAAGAAUUCAUUCCAGGGGGAAACCCUACAAAUGUGAAGAAUGUGGCAAAGCCUUUAACUGGCACUCAAACCUUUCUGUACAUCAAAGAAUUCACUCGGGAGAAAAAUCCUACAAAUGUGAAGAAUGUGGCAAAGCCUUUAAGCAGUACUCAAGUCUUUGUAGACAUAAAGGAAUUCAUUCUGGAGAGAAACCCUACAAAUUUCAAGAAUGUGGCAAAGCCUUUAACCGGCACUCAAACCUUUCUGUACAUCAAAGAAGUCACUCGGGAGAAAAACCUUACAAAUGUGAAGAAUGUGGCAAAGCCUUUAACCGGCACUCAAACCUUUUUGUACAUCAAAGAAUUCACUCGGGAGAAAAAUCCUACAAAUGUGAAGAAUGUGGCAAAGCCUUUAAGCAGUACUCAAGUCUUUGUAGACAUAAAGGAAUUCAUUCUGGAGAGAAACCCUACAAAUGUCAAGAAUGUGGCAAAGCCUUUAGCCAGCACUCAAACCUUUCUGUACAUCAAAGAAGUCACUCCGGAGAAAAACCUUACAAAUGUGAAGAAUGUGGCAAAGCCUUUAAGCAGUACCGAAGUCUCUCUAGACAUAAAAGAAUUCAUUCUGGAGAGAAACCCUACAAAUGUCAAGAAUGUGGCAAAGCCUUUAAUUAUAAUUCAAACCUUACUAAACAUCAAAGAAUUCAUUCUGGAGAGAAACCCUACAAAUGUCAAGAAUGUGGCAAAGCCUUUAAUGAUAAUUCAACCCUUACUAGACAUCAAAGAAUUCAUUCUGGGGAGAAACCCUACAAAUGUCAAGAAUGUGGCAAAGCCUUUAAUGAUAAUUCAACCCUUACUAAACAUCAAAGAAUUCAUUCUGGGGAGAAACCCUACAAAUGUCAAGAAUGUGGCAAAGCCUUUAAGAGGUACUCAAUCCUUUCUGUACAUCAAACAAUUCAUUCUGGAGAGAAACCCUUCAAAUGUCAAGAAUGUGGCAAAGCCUUUCAGCGGUACCCAAGUCUUUCUAAACAUAAAAGAAUUCAUUCUGGAGAGAAACCCUACAAAUGUCAAGAAUGUGGCAAAGCCUUUAAGCAGUACCCAAGUCUUUCUAGACAUAAAAGAAUUCAUUCUGGAGAGAAACCCUGCAAAUGUGAAGAAUGUGGCAAAGCCUUUACUCGGCGUUCAUCCCUUUCUGUACAUAGAAGAAUUCAUUCUGGAGAGAAACCCUACAAAUGUGAAGAAUGUGGAAAAGCCUUUAUCUGUUACUCAAAACUUUCUGUACAUAGAAGAAUUCAUUCUGGAGAGAAACCCUACAAAUGUGAAGAAUGUGGAAAAGCCUUUAUCUGUUACUCAAAACUUUCUGUACAUAGAAGAAUUCAUUCUGGAGAGAAACCCUACAAAUGUGAAGAAUGUGGCAAAGCCUUUAAACAGCACUCAGAACUUUCUGCACAUCGAAGAAUUCAUUCGGGAGAAAAACCCUACAAAUGUGAAGAAUGUGGCAAAGCCUUUAAGCAGUACCCAGGUCUUUCUACACAUAAAAGAAUUCAUUCUGGAGAGAAACCCUACAAAUGUGAAGAAUGUGGCAAAGCCUUUAAACAGCACUCAGAACUUUCUCUACAUCGAAGAAUUCAUUCGGGAGAAAAACCCUACAAAUGUGAAGAAUGUGGCAAAGCCUUUAAGCAGUACCCAGGUCUUUCUACACAUAAAAGAAUUCAUUCUGGAGAGAAACCCUACAAAUGUGAAGAAUGUGGCAAAGCCUUUAACGGGCACUCAUACCUUUCUGUGCACCAAAGAAUUCAUUCUGGAGAGAAACCUUACAAAUGUGAAGAAUGUGGCAAAGCCUUUAAGCAGUACCCAAGUCUUUCUCGACAUAAAAGAAUUCAUUCUGGAGAGAAACCCUGCAAAUGUGAAGAAUGUGGCAAAGCCUUUAUCUGUUACUCAAAACUUUCUGUACAUAGAAGAAUUCAUUCUGGAGAGAAACCCUACAAAUGUGAAGAAUGUGGCAAAGCCUUUAACCAGCACUCACACCUUUCUGUGCACCAAAGAAUUCAUUCUGGAGAGAAACCUUACAAAUGUGAAGAAUGUGGCAAAGCCUUUAAGCAGUACCCAAGUCUUUCUACACAUAAAAGAAUUCAUUCUGGAGAGAAACCCUACAAAUGUGAAGAAUGUGGCAAAGCCUUUACUCUGCGUUCAUCCCUUUCUGUACAUAGAAGAAUUCAUUCUGGAGAGAAACCCUACAAAUGUGAAGAAUGUGGAAAAGCCUUUAUCUGUUACUCAACACUUUCUGUACAUAGAAGAAUUCAUUCUGGAGAGAAACCCUACAAAUGUGAAGAAUGUGGAAAAGCCUUUAACCAGCACUCACACCUUUCUGUGCACCAAAGAAUUCAUUCCGCAGAGAAACCCUACAAAUGUCAAGAAUGUGGCAAAGCCUUUAAUGAUAUUACAACCCUUACUAGACAUCAAAGAAUUCAUUCUGGGGAGAAACCCUACAAAUGUGAAGAAUGUGGCAAAGCCUUUAAUGAUAAUUCAACCCUUACUAAACAUCAAAGAAUUCAUUCUGGGGAGAAACCCUACAAAUGUGAAGAAUGUGGCAAAGCCUUUAAACAGCACUCACACCUUUCUGAACAUCAAAGAAUUCACUCGGGAGAAAAAUCCUACAAAUGUGAAGAAUGUGGCAAAGCCUUUAAGCAGUACCGAAGUCUUUCUCAACAUAAAAGAAUUCAUGCUGGAUAGAAACCCUACAAAUGUCAAGAAUGUGGCAAAGCCUUUAACCGGCACUCAAUCCUUUCUCAACAUCAAAGAAUUCAUUCUGGAGAGAAACCCUACAAAUGUGAAGAAUGUGGCAAAGCCUUUAAGCAGUACCCAAG